AACCAGGCAGGGAGAAAGAAAGUGCCCUGUUUUCUGCUCGUCGUUGCGCGUGUGAGGACUGCUGCUCUCUCCUGCGAUCAGGCUGUCGCUUGCUGGACGAAUCAGGUUGGGGGGUACUGCUGUGCGUAGUGCGUGGUGAGAGCGGUUGGAGAGACGGACGGAAGCGUCUGGCGGCGGCGUGAGCGCGAAAGAACGGUCUGCGCCGGCAACAGAAGAGCACUGCGCCAGCAGCAGCAGUUGUAGCACUGCCACCCAUCUAACAAAUAUACGGCAGUGGAGUCAUGUCGAACCAAGGCGGCGGCGGUGCUCCCGCCCUCGGCCCCGAGCUGAACAAGGCGGAGGCCAGGCAGGCUAGCAAUCUUCGGGUGACCACCAAGGCGAUAGACGCCCUGCACGCCCGUGUUGCGAGGGCCAAGCGAGAGCUCGACAAGCACAACCAGAAACAGCUGGAAGCGGCGGGAGGAGGAGCGGGGGCGGCCUCAAGCGAGGGGUUGCGAGCGGGGGCUAAUGAGUCUCCGACGAGAUCGGCGUCAAAACCUGCCACCGCCAAGUCUCCGACAAGGUCCCCGUCCAAGGGCAAGGGCGCGGCUUGCAAGUCUCCGCCGAGAUCGACGAAGGCGGUGGCGGCGGCGACAAGGGGGGGGGGUACAGGCGGACAACAAGGAGGGGCCCAGGCGAUGGAUUUAGAGGGCGAGGGGGGGGGUAGUGGUGUUCGUGUUGCGGGGAUCCUGUCGGAGCUCGCGAGCGACGUAGCGGGAUUGAAGACGCUGGACGCGGUGGGGUCAGAGCACAAGAACUUCCACGCGACGAUCUCAAAGCUGGCCAAGGCGGCAGAGAAGCAAUUCGGCGGCAACGUCGAGAGCGUGCGGAGAACACCUGCACUCAACGAGAAAGCCCUGCAUACCGCCAUCAUCACGCAUCUCUAUCGCAGGGGAGCCUUCCGUGCGGCGGCGAAGUUUUCGGAGGACUCGACGGCAUCGAUCCCGGCGGAGACUACCUCGCAUCUGGUAGAGAUCCACGGGGUGCUCGACGCCCUCGACAAGCACAACCUCGCCCCUGCCGAGAGGUGGUUCGAGAAGCGACGGAAAGCUUUGGAGGGGGUGGGGAGCUCGUUGGAGUUCCAGCUUGCUCGAUUGCGUUUCCUCCGUUUCUUGGAGAGCGCCGACCCGGGGCAACGACGAGAAGCGAUGAUGUAUGCUCGGGAGCGAGUGAUGCCCGUGGCGGGGGGCCACAUGCGGGAAUUGCAGGAGCUCAUGGGGAGCCUCCUGUGGUCGGGAAACCUGGAGGCUUCGCCUUACAGCCACCUCCUCUCCCAGGAGCUGUGGACUCGCGUGAAGGAGUCGGUGGCGGUCGACGCCAGCCGGAUCUCCGGUCUGUCGCGGGAGAGCAUCCUCUCCGUCGCUUUCCGGGCCGGGAUCUUGGCCCUGCCGACCCUUGUGAAGAUGGCGGCGGUAGUGCGGGGAAGCAACCUGGAGUGGAACGGGAUGCGGGAGCUGCCGCUGGAGGUGCCCCUCCCGCCGGGCUUGCGCUACCACAGCAUGUUCUCCUGCCCGGUCUCGAGAGAGCCAAGCACCCUGGACAACCCACCGGUCUUGCUCAAGUGCGGGCAUGCGGUGCUCCGAUCGAGCGUCAGCCGCCUCGCGAGAAACGGAUCGAGGUUCAAGUGCCCGACUUGCCCCGUCGAGCAGAUGGAAAACGAGACCAUGCCUCUCACACUCUGAAUUUCGAUAGGUAUUCAAAGUAGUUGGCCGUCGCUUAGCUAAACUGGUCAGAGAGAGAGAGAGACGGAAAGAGAGCGAAGGGCGAGUCUGAAAGUUUACCAAUCGUUUGUGAAAGUCAGCAGGCAGCAGUUUGUUCGGAUGCCACGUUGUCAUUCGGCGUUUCGGGCUUGUGUGUCACGAGAGGGCUACGUUGACUUUUGUUGUAAGAAAGACCAUGGACGAUUUUCGCUCGUGAGCUUUGUUGCUCUAUUUCUCUCCCUCUGCCUCUCUCUCUCCCGCUUUGGCCAAGACCUUGAGCAAGGAAUGAAAACACCAACCAGGCGGCAGCAUUUUUGAAGGAGGUUCGUGAACACCCUGUCAGGUCUCCGGUGCCUGCUUGAACGUUCGAGUCAUGCGUAAAGGGACAGCAGCAGUUUCCGUUGUUGUGGAAAACUGUUGUGGCGUUUUGUGUAGUAUUUUACGGCCUUGAUUCAUUCGCCGCUGGGAGCACGACGACGAAACGGGCCGCUGUGUGUCCACCUUCGCUUGCUGUUGUACCGAAACAAGAAGCGGGAGACCAGGGGAGACCCAAAUCCUGUUUACACCAUGUAAAUAUCGAAGCUGUUACGGCGGGUUUUUUGGAGAUUUUGCAGUUGUUUCAUGUUCUACUCUACAGCAGUACCACCGGUAUUUCAUGUCGUUGGUGCGCGGAAUGGGCCAGAGCGCAGAGCGCACUCAAUUCACGCGGACGGGUUAACCGCUGCUCGGUACUCGUCAGGUGCUUGCUGUGUGAACGCUUGGGGCGCGAUGCAAUGCAGGCGGCGUGUCUUGGUAUGGGUGGGGGCUGAGUGCUUGGAAGGUACAGAUAACUCCAGCGUUCAACUAUUUUUGCAGUUUUGUGAUGGCAAGUUGGUCCUUGGUUCUACAGUCUGCCAGUAAGUUCGCGCGUUUUUUUCCACACUGACGUCUUGAGAUCGAUUAUGUAGCCAGGUUGGUUGUACAUAUUCUGCAGGCGAAAGUUCGAAAUGACCCUCAAAACCCUGUAGCUUUGUCUUGUAAGUGGCCAUGUGUCUCCAGCAGUGUAAGGGUUGAUCUGCUUCGAUGUUAUUGGGACCAUCCAGAGAAGUACGUUUUGCUCCAGCUUAGGUUGGAUUUUGGUAACAGGAUCCAUCCAUCCGUGGUGUUUCCCCCCCCUUUCGGUGAUUCAUCGUUUCGGUGUGCCUGCCUGUCACUUCGAUGCAAAGGGGCAGAUAUCGCUGGGUGCUGCACAGAAAACCGUAGAAACACAGGUAGUUCCCGCUGACGCUAUGAAUCCAUUUCUCAUCUAUCUUCAGACUCUUGUCUAUGAAUAUGGAUGGAGAUGUGUUCGUUGUGUCUUAGUACGAAAAACAAAAAAAGAAUGCCGCGGCUCUACGGCAAUAGUGGGCGAGGGUUUCGGUUGAGUUCCUCGUGUUGCUUUACUUUCGUUUUUGUUCACCGGGAACUGUUUCAGUGGCGAAAUGGGGUCACUCUUCGAGGUUGUAUCACACCGUCCGUCUUCAUGGAAACAACCGAAGAAAGAAGUACACUCUGGUAUGAUACGCCCCUCAGCUUUCAUUUUGGGUCUUAUUGCAGCUGGACUAUUUCCGAUGUGUCGUCGCCGUCUGCGUGCUUUUUGAUGGAGCGAUUUCAAGUAUCCGCCACGGUUGGUUAUUGUCGGACUUGCAACAACGCUGCUUCGGUUUGUGAGCAUCAAAUGACAUUUGUUUUCCUUGUUCGCCUCGGGGUUGGGCCUGG